CCAAUGACGCACGCGCAUUUUCAAUAUCGUAGCAGUUGCUCGUCUGCCGUGAUGAUGAUCAUAAUAAUAAUUCAGUAAAAACUACUACUUUAACGGAAAUUUUAGUACAUGUCGAAACGUGGGGACAUAAAAAGAAAAAAAAAUUAUAUAUAUAUUUUGGUUGAUUGAUUUAUUAACAAUAUAUAUUGAAUUAUAAAAUUAAGUGAUUGAAGAAUAAAAGACAGUUUGACUUUUUUGGGCGAUACUGAUUAAAAUAAUGGCUAAACCGGAGCAAGUUUUGAUUAUCGAACCACAGGGUGAAUUACGAUUCAGGGGACCAUCAGCAGUUUCACCUGUCACAUCAUACAUAAAGCUUACAAAUCCAACAAGUCAAAAAAUUUAUUUUAAAAUAAAAACAACAGCACCAAAAAGAUACUGUGUAAGACCAAAUAAUGGAGUUCUUAAACCAAAAGAAGUCAGUGAAAUUGCUGUAUGCUUACAACCUUGUGAAUUUAAUCUUAUGGAAAAAAAUAAACACAAGUUUAUGGUUCAAUCAGUAAUUGCACCUGAAGGAGAUACUGAUGAUUUUGUUAAUGAUGUGUGGACUGAUGCUUAUCCAGAUAAAAUUAUGGAUUACAAAUUAAAAUGUGUUUUUGAGCAUCCUACAACAAAUACAGCAGCUGCCAAACCAACAGCUCCAAAUGCUGUUAAAUCUGAUACGAAUUCAACUAAUGGUAAAGGCAAAGUUACAGGUGAUGCAUCUAAAACGUCCUCGAAGCCAAUGGAUGAAAAUGAAGAAAAGUUGCUUAAAGCUAAACAGGAAGUUAAUGCGUUGAGGGUAGAAGAAAGUAGUUUGAGACAAGAGAAUUUACAACUUAAGGAAGAAAUUCUCAAGUAUCGAAAUGCAUUGGAAAAAAGUACAGCAUCAGGAAGAGCUCAACAGAAUCCAGCUAAUUAUGAUCAAUCAUCAUUAAGUCUAUCACCUGCCACAAUGAUUAUUGCAGUUGUUAUGGUUUUAAUUGGUUAUUUUAUGGGCAAAAUGAUCUGAAUAUUUAUUGAUUAAAUAACAAUAAUAUUCUGUUUCCAACUGUACACCCUUUCUUUAUCUCUUGAAAUCCAAAUAAUUCCUCAUUUUUUUUUUCAACCUUCUUUUAUCCCCAUCAAAAAAUUGCCAGUGCAAAUUGUCAUCAUUAUAAAGCUUUUUUUUCUUUUUCUGUUUUGUUUAUAAUUACAAUGGAAACUUUUUUUUUUUUUUAAUAUCCUUUAAAUGUGCAGAAUAAAAAUGAAUUAAUAUUAAUUAUUUUAUCGUAGUUGUAUUUGUUAAUUGAGUCAAAAACAUAUUGGCUUUUCAACAAAAAAAUGAUGAAAUAUAUAAUAAAUAAUAAUAAUUAAAUCAAAUAUAGUCAAUGGAUUUAAAAACGAAUAAAAAAAAAAAAUCAUUAAGUUAAUUUUUGAUUAAACAAAAACGAAAAAAAAAAAAAAUGUUUAUUAUGUGUCUAAAAUCACAUUUUAUUAUUUUUCUUUUCAAAGGGGAUUAGAAGGUACUUAAAUUUAAUGAUUAUUUUUUUUUUUUUUUGUUUAAUAAUAAAAUAUAUGAAACUAGUGAUGCUAAGAAUACAAAAUUAUUCAGAAUUGUGUCGCCAAUAAUUGAUAAAAUAAAGAUAAAAAAAAAAAAAACCACUUCAACAACUGAUAUGUGAAAUGUUAUUUAAAAAAAAAAAUGUUUAGAAAAUGAUAAUUUAGUAUUGAUAAAUUUAUUUUGCGUUGAUGAGGUAUUGUAUAUAUUAACGAAAAAUAUUAAUCAAUAAUUAUAUAAACAUUGAAAGCGCGCUGGAAAUGAAAUAAAACUUUGCAUUUUUAAAAUCGAUAUGUUAAAUAGGCAGUGGAGAAUACUACAGGCAAUGAAAAUAUUUAAAAAUAAUAAUAAUUAAUAAUUGAAAUGAAUUUUUACUGAUUGGCAUAGAAAAAAUCUCAACAACAUUUAUAUUUGUGUUGAGUAUUUUUUUUUUUUUUUUAGACCAUUUCAAUCUUUAUUUUCGAUACUUUAUUAUUGUCUAAACAUUUAUACUUUUAAUUUUGUUCAACUCUAUUUUUCAUAGUAAUUUUCUUCAUGUUUCGAAAUUUUCAAUUUUCAAUUUAACUAUGUAAUAAUAAUUUUCUAAUUAUAAUUUCUUCAAAAAAAAAAAAAAUUAUUAUUAUUUAUUUUUUUUUAUUUUUCAACAACGUGAUAUAAUAAUAAAUAAAUUAUCGCAAUAAUAAAACAAUAUAAAAUACGUGUAAUCAGCAUUUGUAACAACAUAGUAAAACAAAAAAAAAGUAACAUGCAAAGUAAAAAAAUUUCAAUUAUAAAAAAAAAAAAAUUAAAUAUAAUA